GCGCACCAUAGUCCCAGCCCUUGUCCUAGAUCCAUACCGCUCGGAGUUGGGAAGCAAGGUUCCGAAAUCGGGAGUACCAGAGGGUACGAAAGGAUUGACGCAAACUGUCAGCCAGUUUGAUAAGAAUAAGAUAAGGAAGAUCCCGUAAGAUAAGGAAGCCGCGCGUGCGCGCAGCCCCGCCCUAAUUUGGUGCAGCCACGCGAUCUGACCCUUCCCGCGGUCCGUAGCGCGGCCACGCAAGCGCAGAGAGCUCAGCAGCUAUGGAACCCGACGGGACGUAUGAGCCUGGCUUCGUGGGUAUUCGCUUCUGCCAGGAAUGUAAUAACAUGCUGUACCCCAAGGAGGACAAGGAGAAUCGCAUUCUGCUGUACGCGUGCCGGAAUUGCGAUUACCAGCAGGAAGCCGACAACAGCUGCAUCUAUGUGAACAAAAUCACGCACGAAGUGGACGAGCUGACCCAGAUCAUCGCAGACGUGUCUCAGGACCCUACGUUGCCCCGGACCGAGGACCACCCGUGCCAGAAGUGUGGCCACAAGGAGGCAGUGUUCUUCCAGUCACACAGUGCCAGAGCUGAGGAUGCCAUGCGCCUGUACUAUGUGUGCACUGCCCCACACUGCGGCCACCGCUGGACCGAGUGACCCUUCCAUCCCUCCACCUAUAAUAAAUGCCAGUUUCUACA